UGUUUAGCAUGAAUACACCGAUGAGUCUAUACAACAACAGGAUAUAACGGCAGAGGGCAGCGAUGCGCCGAGACCAAAAACGAAGAAGAAGAAGUAUUAGUAGUAGUAAUGACGCGUCAGUACCACAGAAGAAGAGGCGGAGGAGCGGUAGUACAGAUUAGCCUGUUAGCUGUUAGCAGGCUGGUGCUGUGAACUAUGAGGCGUCUACACUGAGCCACUGCUGCUAAGCCCCGCCCCCUGUGUCCAGGUGUGUGAAGUGCUGACCUGUGUGGGGAUUGCCGUGUUGCUGUGGGCGUUGCCGUGGCGAUGGCUCUAAUAGAAGGAGUUGGAGACGAGGUGACGCUGCUGUUCGGAUUGAUGCUGCUGCUCAUGGUGCUGCUGCUUGCAUGGAUCUCCACCCGCACCUCCGAACCCCCACAGCACCUAUUCACCUCCUCCACAGGCCCCGCCCCCUCACACCUGGUCACCCCCUCACAGAGGACCACGGAGGAUGCCUCCUCUUCCUCUUCCUCCUCCCCAUCAUCCCUUUCCUUUUCAGAGACCAGCUCUGUGACAGGGACCCUGCCCACCUCUGACCCGGACCAGGACCGGGUCCAGGACCAGGUCCAGGACCAGGUCCAGGACCAGGACCAGGACCAGGACCGGGUCCAGGCGGGGGGCAGGGACGGGGACGGGGUGAGGAACAGAGGAGAGUCUUUGUCGUCUCAGAGGAACAUGGUGGUCAGACUGAAGUUUCUCAACGACACAGAGAGAACAGCUCAGGUCAAACCCCAGGACACCAUCGGCUACAUCAAACGGACCUACUUUGCGGGUCAGGAGGAUCAGGUCCGGUUCAUCUAUCAGGGUCAGCUGCUGCAGGAUGACGCCCGGACUCUGGCGUCCCUGAACCUGGUCCAUAAUUGUGUCCUGCACUGUCACAUCUCCCAGCAUGCCGCGGGGCGGCGGGGGGCGGCGGGGGGGCCGGGGCCUGGCGACCAGGUGCAGGUGGCUCUGAAUGUUGGCAGCCUGAUGGUGCCGCUCCUGGUCCUGAUGCUGGCCGUGCUGUGGUACUGUCAGAUCCAGUACCGCCACUUCUUCACGGCCCCGGCCACCGCCUCCCUGGUGGGGGUCACCGUCCUCCUCAGCAUGGCCGCCUUCGGAGUCUACCGCCGCUAGCUGCGCUCUGAUUGGCCGCCUUCGGAGUCUACCGCCGCUAGCUGCUCUCUGAUUGGCCGCUGUAGACUGAGGAUGCUGACCGUGGUGUCUUUGUUUCUGUUGCUAUGGAGACGGCCAGCAUAUAGGACAUGUGUCUCCGUAGGUCUCUCAUCAUCGUGCCUACUUUGGUUUGUGUUUAAGGCAGCGGACGUCUGUCUUCUUUCUGUCUUUGUCUGUUGAGUUUCAGCUUUUGAAGAAAACUGAUUAAAUCAUUUAUUUAU